GAGGCGUUAUCUUAACUGCCAGACACAGAGGGCACGCGGCUGUUGGAGACUUAUCAUCAGGAUAAGUCAGACUGAAAUAAAAAAUAAAAACAUCAGUGGUGUAAUUUAAUAGCUCUCUUUAUCAUUUUACUGGGAACAGUUCAAGAGGUGUGAAGAAUGCGUUGCACCUCAGCCUGGAUUGGCUGGGCUUUAUGUUUGUGCGCAUCUCUGGCCGUGCGCGCACAGGACUACACCGAGGACGACGGGAUGAUCCUGGACCUGGUCGGCGAGGACAGGACUGAUCCUGAAACCGGAACCGACCCGGCAGCCGAGUUCAUCAGGUGCAACAAGGUAGCCUGGCGCAUUCCCGGACAGUACAUAGUUGUAUUGCGUCAGGGGACGCACGAGUCUCAACUCCAGAGGACCAUCAGGAGGCUGCGAAGUAAAGCAGCCAGGAGAGGAUACCUGGUGGAGAUCCUGCAGACCUACUCAGGAGCACUGCGUGGCUUUCUGGUCAAACUGAGUAGUGACGUCCUUCACCUGGUGGCGAAGCUCCCUCACGUGCACUACAUAGAGGAGGACUCAUCCAUCUUUGCUCAGAGCGCCCCCUGGAACCUGCAGAGGUUACUGCACCCUUACGGUGGUUUCUCCGAAAAUGGAACAUACAGACCUCCAAAUGAUGGAGGGAGGACGCAGGUGUAUCUGAUGGAUGGCAGUGUGCAGAGUUCUCACAGAGAGGUUGAAGGACGGGUACUCAUCACAGACUUCAAUAACGCCCCUGAAGAGGAUGGAGUCAGAGUUCACAGACAGGCCAGUCAGUGUGACAGUCAUGGUACACACGUGGCAGGUAUUGUGAGUGGAUCAGAUUCAGGUGUUGCUCGAGGGGCUGCUGUUAACCUAGUGCGUGUGCUCAACUGUCAGGGUAAAGGGACCGUCUCAGGAGCUCUGGCAGGAAUGGAAUACAUUCGAGCCACUUUACUGGCCCGCCCAGUGGAUGCAGUAGUCGUGUUGCUUCCUUUUGCUGGUGGCCUCAGCCGUUCAUUAAACACAGCCUGUCGAGACAUGGUGGCUAACAGCGCUGUGGUCAUCGCCGCAGCAGGCAACUACAGAGAUGAUGCCUGUCUCUACUCACCUGCUUCAGAGCCUGAGGUCAUCACAGUGGGGGCAGUUAACUCAAUGGACCAGCUCAUGUCACAGGGAGCAGGUGGUACCAACUUCGGCCGCUGCGUUGAUUUGUUUGCACCCGGCGACGACAUCAUUAGUGCCAGUAGUGACUGCAGCACCUGCUUCACCUCCCGCAGUGGAACCUCACAGGCUGCUGCACACGCUGCAGGUGUCGUAGCAGUGAUCCUGUCGUCCAGUCAGAUUGCAUCACCAGUGCACGUCCUCCAUAUGAUGUUGCAUUACUCCAUCAGCAACACUAUCGACUUCCUAUCUCUGUCCGAAAGCCAUCGGCUCACCACGCCAAACCUGGUAGCAGCCAUGCCUCCGGUUAUUAAAACGUCACCAAAUGGGGAGCUACUGUGUCGGUCAGUGUGGUCAGAGAGGUCAGGAGUCGCGAGCACCGACAGGGUCAUCAGCCGCUGUCGUCAAGGGGAGGAAAUGAUGGGCUGCAGCAGUUAUGCUCCUGAAGGCGUCCGUGUGGGGGAAACCAUCACUAUGAACAGCGGACACAUGGAGUGUAUUGCCCAUAAUGGUCCAGCAGGUAAAGGUGUGUAUGCUGUGGCCCGCUGUUGUGUGAUAAGCGGUCUGCAGUGCCAGGUCCAUGCUAGUCCUGAGCAAGGACAAGCUGCUCAGUGCGUCGGCCCCCAGCACCACCUGACCGGGUGUACAUCGAUGUCCACAGCUGAGAUCUCAUCUGAUCCGCAUCCACGUCACAGCCAGGGGAAGCGCUGCACGGUGAAAGAGGGGGUCACAUCACACGCGAUAUGCUGCCAUGCUGCAUCUCUCGAGUGCAACCUGUUGGAAAACAUAUCAGCUGACAAAGAUCAGGUUGAGGUUUCCUGUCCUUCCGGCUGGACUCUGACAGACUGCAGUUUCGUCUCUCGGGGCUCUGCUAUCUUGGGGCCAGUUGCCAAGGGAAACAGUUGCCAUGUCUAUGGUGUCACGGGAGUGGAUGGAGCAGCGGGUGCUGCCGUCUGCUGUCGUGUCGCACCACCAGAGCAGCAAGCUGCAACACCUCACUGAUCCGGUUUCACCUCACUUUGGUUUCUAACAUCAUUGAAACAGCUUUGACGUUGCAAUUUUUUUGUCUUUGGUCAGUUUUAAACCCCCUUACACUUUUCUGAGAAACCUCAACAUCCUUAAUAUUCACUUAAAGCACUUCUGUAAAGCUGUUUGUGUGUGUUUUAGUUUUAGGAUUACGCCAGAUUAUGCUCCAGUGCACAUAUUAUAUGUGACUUGACAACCUGUAAGCUAUUUUUGUAUCUUUUUACAAAACAGUUAUAAUAAAAAGAGCUUUCACAAACAUACGGUUUGGAUAAUAGUGUAGUAUUUACCGGGUAUACCAUCCGCAUGCUGUUUAGAAGUUAAUAAACUGAACAAAUGAAAUCAAAAUGUUAAGCUCUGGUGUCAGCCAUGUGUGUUUUAGAGUGGAAAAACAUGAUGAUGUGCACCACAGGUUGUCACAGUUAGCAUGUGUUAUGUAUGCACUGAUUUCCUGACAUUCCUCAGUCUUGUGCAGCACAGCUGCAGGUAAUCAGCCUGCUUGAUUAACAAGUCAGGUACCUUUUGCUCAUUUUGUGAAACAGUAGGUGGAAACAAAAUGAGGUAAAUGGCUAACAGUAGGGACACCAGUUAAACAAAUUUCAUGUCUACCCAGAGUGUUAUUGUGACAGUGGCUUUUAUGGCUCCACAGUUAGAGACUUAGUUCUGAUACACAGGUGGGUGACGUCAGUGUGAACAAGAGCAAAAGGAAGCAUA